CCCGGGAAGAGUUCCAGCUAGUGAGCUGUUCACUCUCAAUCUCUGCGCCCCGACUGGGAAUUGAGCGUAAACAUGAAGGGUUCCUACAAGGAGUCUACGAAGAAUGAAGAUCAAGAAAGAGAAGCAGCGGCCACUGCGAAUCAGGCAGAGGCCCUAGAGGCCAAGAAUUUCUGCACCGCAGAUUCACACUUUGCUCUGGAAGCAGAAGGCACCCACGGGCUUGGAGAACAGGUCAUGUCUACCCUCUAUCUGGAGUCUUGCCAGGCCCAUAGUGUUGUGCCAGCUUCUCGUCUUCUGCGCCAAGGGAGUGCCUCUGAACUGAGCCUUCGGCACCGUGGCUUGGGUCCCCAGGGUGUCUGGUCUCUGGCUUCUACGUUGACUUCUAAUCUCCACAUCAAGCGCCUGGAUCUUCGGGAUAAUGGGCUCUGCGGGGCUGGGGCAGAGGCUCUGGCCGAUGUCCUGUGUAAGAACAGCGUUAUCUCUGAUGUGGACCUGUCCGAGAACCGGAUUGGAGCUGCAGGGCUCCAGGCUCUCUGUGCUGCCCUGGCCUUAAACCCUGCUGUGCAGAAGAUGCGACUGGGAGGUAACGGGCUGGAGGAAAAGGCCGCCCAGCACCUCGCUUCUCUUCUGCUGCUCCACACGGGCCUGAGAUCCCUAGAUCUCAGCUAUAAUCAGCUCGACGAUCGGGCAGGAGAGAUACUUGGACCUGCCUUAGCAGAGAACACAGGACUCACAGAGCUUAACCUCAGUUGGAAUCACCUUCGAGGCCCGGGAGCCCUUGCAUUUGCCAAGGGCCUGGAGGCAAAUAUAUUCUUGAAAGUCCUAGAUAUCUCUCACAAUGGCUUUGGAGACUCUGGAGCCUCUGCAAUAGGUGAGGCCCUCAAGGCCAACAACGUGUUGGAAGAACUGAACAUGAGAAACAACCGAAUCUCCAUGACAGGGGCCCUGAGGUUGGGACUGGGACUGCAAGUCAACCAGACACUGAGGAUUCUUAUUAUUUCCAAGAAUCCCAUUCGAAGUGAAGGAUAUGUCAGUCUCCUUAAGUCCAUACGGAACAACAGAUCGUCUGCCCUGGAACUACUGGACCUCUCUGAUAUCCAAGUGAACAGAGAGUGUGAUGACCUCACUAACUCAGUGAACAGAAUUCUUCCAAGACUUUGUAUAAAGAAUAACAUAUCCAGAAGAAAAGACUGGCCAUCAACCUCCACACCUUCCCAGCCAGCAUCUGCCCCAAGUGCCUCUGGUCGCAUCUCUAGCAUGCCACUGUAAUGUCCACACUGCUGCCCACUCGAUAUACCAUGUACUUUAUGGCAUCUGCCAUAAUCUGGGCUUCAUUUGCUAUGGCUCCUUCAUUCAACCAAAAAAACCUCCCAUGAAUAAUGUGGAUGUAAGGACAAUGACGUCACUGUCACCCAGGUGUUCCUGUUCUGGUGACCCUGUCAGACGAAAUACUCCUUAUAUUUCUCUCCUUAAGAUGCCAAUGGAAUUCCCAAACUCUCGAGAGGGCAAACAGUCACAACCACUGGAAGGCAAGUUUCCAUUGCAUUCCAGACUAUCAAAUUACCAUGUGCUUCAGGUUAGUCCACUGACUAAUCUGCUCUACAGACAUAGCCAGAGCUGACCGCCCAGGUGUGUAACUCAGCAGAGUGUGUGCCUAGCAUACAGAAAACCCUGGGUUUGAUUCAAGAAGCAAAGUUAGGCAUGCCUAUGAUUUGAGCACUUCAGAAGUAUAGGCAGGAGAAACAGAAAUUCAAGGCCAUCCUCCAUAAUAUAGUUGAGUUUGAGGCCAGCCUGGCCUACAUAAGACCCUGUCUCAAAAAAGAAAAAUAAAAAAGAUGUUUAUAGAA